CCCGCCUCGAUGUAUUUAAAGGCCUGUGUUAUUCGAGAGAAGGAGGAAUCAAAUUAAAUCCCAUCAACUCAAUUAUCAAACGAACUCUCUACUAGCUAUUGAAAUACCCUUUGCACAACUUUCCUCACUUCAAUUGCUCUUCCUGCCACUGUUUGCCCGCCUUUGUCUUCCGUUAGCAUCGUGGUGACGUCAUCUGCCCUCACCUCACACGACACUCUUCAACUCACUUCAUCUCAACUUUCCCUCUUCUCCAUCCUCCUAGUCAUUCGACAGAUCAUCGUCUCUAGCAGCUUCAUUGAAAGAAACUAGAUCGUUCUUCCACCUUUGUCUCAAAACAACUACAAACCACUACAUACUACCAAGAUGCCUCGCCACAACGACCCCACCUCCAAGAUGUUCUACAAGGGAGCAUCCGACGACUUCAUCGUCUUCGUCGAUGACCACGACGCCCUGAACAGAUGGCGUGGUGACCGCUCAGUCCCUCUGGCGGAUGUUCUCAACGGCUGGAAGAUCUUUGUUACUCACAAGCAUGGAGCCCAAGGCGUCCUUGACGGAGCUAGCAAGGCUAGUCUUGAGAAUGAAUUCGGAACUGCCAAUGAAGACGACGUUAUAACCCAGAUCUUGGAGCGCGGCGAGUACCAGUCUACUAUUGCUCGCGAACAACAAGGUGAUACCAACUUCCGUAAUGGACCUGCUUUCCGAUAGAUUCGUGCAUGUUAUUACGCCCUUGCUGGCUGGCUGGCUGGCCUUUUCCCCCCUUGAUCCCUUGAUGGGUGGCGUGAUGUGCAGAGGGGCAAGGAUCGAUAGUAGCAUGAUAUCGACUGAUCGAGCACAUGAUUAUGCUUUUACUAGCGGAUGAACAUGAUGCAGUGUAACUUUACCUUUCCUAGCUAUCUCCCUAGGAAAAGAGGGUAAUUGAUAAAUGAAAUAAAUGAAACGUAUAUGGUUAAA